CCGGCGAUACCUAGCUAAUCCGCUGAUAUAUCUGAUUCCACCGUGAAACCCCAGCACGGCGCGCCUAUUCGCUAGAGACUAUAUAUAGCCAGCUGAGCUGAGCGGUGGAACCAAUUAAGUGCCUGUUUUCACCAUCACUGCAUUGUGUGCGCAUCAGCGUUGAGCAGGUGCAGCUAGCAAGGCGGCGAGGAUGCUGGAGAGCCAGGCGGUGAUCGGGGACACGGACAUGCGGCAGGCGAUGCAGCAGUACGCGCUCCGGCUCGCCGGGAAGGCGCUGGACGACUUCGAGGCCGCCGACUCCACGGAGAUCGCACGGUUCAUCAAGAAGGAGUUCGAUCGGUCGUACGGCCCCGGAUGGCAGUGCAUCGUGGGCACCGACUUCGGGUCGUUCGUGACGCACCACUCCGGCUGCUUCAUCUACUUCGGCAUCGGCAACCUGGCCAUCCUGCUGUUCAAGGGCGGCGCGGCUCCUCGCGGUGAGACCGUCGUCGAGAAGGCGCGGCUCACGGCGCUGAAAACUGCCGUCGAGGCGUGAGUGGAUGAGUAAUCACCGAUGUGUGCAGGCCUGCAGGCAGGGUAGAUAAGUUCUCCUAGCAUGUAAGGUCGUGCUUUUGGUGGAUGGAAGUUGCCUGACUUGAAAAGUGCAGGUCUUCAUCACAUAGUAAAAACCGAUGUUCUCAACAGCAUGUCUGCUGGGUGCUGGAUAGACAGUGAUGGCAAAUAGUAGAAUAUUGCAUAUCUUUCGACCGUAACUAUCGAAUUUACAGGUCGGGGAAAAAAAACACUAUCGAAUUUAUUGUUUGCAGUCCUCGAGCUUUUAUUUUGAGCUCAAUCUGGUCCUUUGCCUUACAUGGCACACCAUGCUGACGGGCUGGUGAACAAUGCUCAAAGCUAAGCUCGCUUGUUGAAGGGCCUCCCAUGUAAAAGUCAGUGAUUUUUUCUGAUUCUCGAUUGUGCAAGAUCAAAAUUAUGAAAUAAUGGUCAAAAGAACAGAAGUAA